AGGGAGUUAUGUGUGUGUGUGGCUGGCCUGUGGUGGUGUGUCAGCUGUGUUUGUAAAUACUGUGUAGGAGGGAACCUGGCAACCAUUACCCCUCCAAUAUUUGGCCCUCUAGCUUUAUCCUCAUAGAGUUGUACAAUUCCAACACAUAUUUAAAUUUAUUCAUCAUGGCAGAUGGAGGUUUUGAUCCAUGUGAGUGCAUCUGGAGCCAUGAAAUGGCCAUGAGGCGGCUCCUGUCCCUGUUGCGACAAUCACAGAGCUACUGUACAGAUACUGAAUGUUACAAUGAGUUUCCGAGACCAACCCCUACCCAAGAUGUAAGCUCUGACGGCAUGAUGUUUAUGGCCAUGAUGUGGGCACUGCUUGCUGUAGCCCUCUUCUUCAUGCGUCCUUCAUCGUUACGUUCUAAUCCUGAUGCCAAGCCUGCCAACAGCAACCAGGAUGGUGGUUCUCCCCCUGCACCCCCAACAGCCAAUUAACAAUUUGUAAAGUCACCUGGCCAGCCUCAAUGAUACCCUCAUCCUUAAGUGACCUUUUCCUUGGUUCCCACACUUGUUGAAUAAAACAGCAAGAAUCCUACUUCAUGUUGUAAUCAGGUCUUGGUAAUUGCAGGCUAUGAUAACAAGUAGUCAGUGACCAUGGGAAAUUAUAAAAUCAAACCAGUGCUGCCUGUGUUUUUGGUGCAUAAUACUGGUAUUUAGUUGUUAUGAUAGAUCUAUGUUGUAAUGCAGUAUAGCUGUGCAAAACUAGAUCUUUAUGCAGAGUGAAUAUCUUAGAUUAAAAAAUCCUUAUAAAGGAAAAAUAUACUGUUUAGCUUUAUUGGAGGAUUCAUAUAAAUUUUUUAUGGAGUUUUUGUAUUACAGUAACUAAAUAUCUUGUUAUAUUUCAACAUUGUAGCAUACCUAGUUAUAUGAGGUAAUCCUGGUGUAAAUGUAGGAUCAACUUGUGUAUUUUUUACAAUUGGAAAAAAAAAAUCUCAGUUUUGUUAUAGAUCAUCUGUAUAAAGAAUGUCACUGGCAAGAGCUUUCUUAUAGCUGUUCAAAGGUUUCAAGUAUCUGAAUAAAAAUUUAGUUUCAAAUAUGUACAUGCUAUAACAUCUAAUGGCCAGGGUUGUAAUUUAGAUUGAUGAGGUUUAUAAAGGAAGUUGAUAUGUAAUAUUUGAAAUACUGAUUAUUGUUCUUAUUAUCAUUUAAAGUUUUGAAACAUUGUGGAUGGGAUGGUGGGUCAUUAUAUUUUAAUGUUUCUUAGUUUUUUCUUAUGACAACACUCACUAUCUUAUAUUUAUAAAAGAUCUUUGAAAUCUAAAAAGAUGAUUAUUUUGUAUUUAAUAUUUGGAGAGAUGUAUAUAUAUAUAUAUAUAUAUAUAUAUAUAUAUAUAUAUAUAUAUAUAUAUAUAUAUAUAUAUAUAUAUAUAUAUA